AUGCCGCGGACGCACCACAGAAUGCUGCCGAAGCGCACGCGUGGAAGGCCGCAGGUUGAGAGCUCUUACGUCGACACGACCACGGUACCCGAGACCGACGUCUACGACUUCGACGGCACCUCUGACUCGAGCCGCUGUCGCGCGGGGGACGGCGACGACGACCUCCUACGCUCCCAGCCAACCACCAUCGACACCCACUUCACCACGGUGGCCACGAUGGGCACCCACGAUCCACCGCAACGGCGCGUCUUGGAACUGCAGAGCCAGCUGGAGGACUCCGCCGACCAGCCGGGUACAGUCCACGGCGAAGGCUGUUUGGCGAGACUAGCGAGCCUGGCCGCCACGCUGCGGGAACAGCUGCAGUUCGGGUCGCGAGUGCACGAUGUCAGGCCGACUGUUCUGUCCUGGAGAGACGGGCUGGCGUCGUUCGCACGCCGCAACAACACCAACCUGUUCACGACGUUCGUGGCUGUGACAACGGUGUUCCUGCUGUUACCCCUCUGCGUGCUCUACUACAAGGCGGGAACCAUGGCCGCAGGCAUGCAUCAAAAGGGGCUAUUGUUCACGGAUGACGGCCGCAGCAUCCAGAGCGGGUUCGACACGUCCACUUGCAAGGACUUCCAUCCGCUGGUGGACGGCAGACCCGUGCACGCAACGCCGCCUUCCGUCGACACAGAGGGCUUCGUGCCCUACCGCACUAAGGUCGUGAGCACGAACCCCAUAUUCUGCGUGUACCAGCACGACGUGUUCCUGCGCUUUCCCAAGCUGCACUACCGCGUCGUGGACGUGCCGGGUGCCUUCUGCACUCACCUAAUCUACCACGCGGCUGGCGUCACGGCCGACGGCUCCAUCUACAGCAAGGACCCCACGUUCGACGAGACAUACCAGGGCUUCCGGCAGGCUGCGGAGCUGAAGGGCGUCUACACACACCUGAAGGUGCUUCUGUCGCUGGGCGGCGGGCCGGACGAGCGGGACACCUUUCAGUUUUCCAGCAUGUCCGGCCACCUGAACAGGACGCGCGCCUUCGCCGACAAGGCAUACUGGUGGCUCGUCAACCGGGGAUUCGACGGCCUCCACCUGGACUGGCGACAGCCCGGUGGACACUGCGGCUCUCAGGCCGACAAGCAGAACUUCCUCGUUUUGGUCGAGACACUGCGCGAGCGUUUCGGGCUUCGCUACAUCAUCACCGUCGGAGUGCCUUACCAGGAGGAAUAUCGCCACCGCGGAUAUCACCUGCCAGGAAUAGCGGACCAGGCUGACUUCCUGCUGGCCACCACGCACGGCUUCCACGACGCCAGCGAGAAAUACGCGCAGUGUCCCAGCCCGUACACCACGCCGAACGGCCCCACGAUGCGCGAAGUGAUGCGCAUGCUAAAGUACGAGGUGCCGCGCGAGCACCGCCAGCGGCUUUGCUUCAGCGUGUCGCUCAUGGGUCACCGGUGGACGCUGCGCUCGUCGGGCGCCUUCCACGCGGGCAGCGCCGCCAGCCGAGCAGGCCCGGCCGCCGGGGACAGCCAGGCCCGAGGCGUGCUCGAGUACCCGCUCGUGUGCCAAUACCUGCUGCGCGACAGCGUCGACCCGGACGGCAUGUGCAGCUACGCGGUGCGCUUCCGCGACUGGGUCGCCUACGAGGGCGUCCAUUCGCUGCCUCUCAAGCUGUCGCGCAUGCGCAGAGAUAUGGGCACGCCGGGCCUGUGCGUCGCCGUCUGGGACCUGGCCUUCGACGACUUCCGAGGCGACUGCGGCAACUCGCGGUCGCCCUUACUCCGGACCAUACACAGGGCGCUCAGCUCGAAGAAGGUCUGGGUCAUUCCCAAAGGCGCCGCCGGCGGCAAACGACCGUAGUCGUGUCGUCUCGGACGGCUACGAACAUAGUAUGCGAAGUGACUUCGUGGUAUUGAAAUGCACGUACCGUGUGUCAAUUGUUUGAUGAACCUGAUGCUAUGAUGCAGGCUG